AUGAGUAUUCGAUUAUAUGUGACCUUAUUAAAACACUCAGAUUCACAAAUUGAGUACAAGAAGCUUAUUCUUAUGGUUGAGACUACUGUUAAAAUCUCAAUGCUCAAAAGGAAGAUUGAGCAAGAAUUCACUGAGCUUUUUCCAAUUGAAAGGCCAUUCAUUUGUGGAAAAGUUGAUGAUCAAUACGGUUACAGCUUAUCUAACACUUCUUUUGUAGGGGAUUUAUUGAAGAACGAUGAUAGAAUUGUAGCAGUUCCUGAUGAAAAUGGGCCUGGUUUUAUAUCAGCUCAUGAUACUCAUGAGUUAUUAUCAAUGCUCUCUACAAUUCAAGAAAACAUUGUUGGCAAAUUGUCAGAAGCCGCUGUUGUAGCCCACCAGCCUCCAGAAGAAUUGAUUUUAAGUAUCCUCCCACUAGGUUUUACCCAAAACCCUGCAACAUUGCAUAGUGUAUGUACCAUUUUGACAAAAGGAAUUCAUGAAGGAACAGUAAGAUUAUUAGACGACCGCUCUUAUAGCAACCUUCUCAGUAUGCUAAUUACUGUAUUACAAUACUGAGUUAUGGAGCUUAUGGAUAGAGAUAGCAUUGUCCAGCAAGCAGUUAUCGAUAUUUUAGAAAUCUGCAUGAGAAGCAGACUUUUUACGGGCUCUUUCAGCCCUUACGAGAUAAGGGAUUUAGGUACAAUAAAAGAUCAUUUUUUCACUGUUAUCCGAAUCAGACUCAUCAUAGAAAAAAAAAUUUAGUUUGCUCCUGGCAUCACGCAAUCUACUGAGUAAAUUUACAGUCAAAUUUGGCGUUAAAUUUUUUUUUUUAUUUAUAAUAAAAAGAAUUCAAGAACUCAGCAACAAAAGAAACCAUUCUUUAAUUAAGAUAAAAAUCUGUUCAGAUCGUAAAAUAGAGAUCCUAGCUUUUAACAUGAAAGCGAAUUCAGGAAGUCAGUUGAUUGCAAAUACUGGCUCACAGUAUGUGGAAACUAAUGAAUGGUUCUCUAAUAGCAAUACGCAAACGCUUAUGUAAUUGAUAAGACAAUUACUGUCUACGUUAGAAUAAAGAACUGAAUUCGUUUCUUCAUGAGAGAACUGUUUAUCAUAUAACAGAAAAAUCGGUAAAAGUCAUAUGUCUAUGCGCAUUCAGAUAUACUAAUUGACCAAGAAUAGCCCACUAAGGAGCCAUUCUUGGUCUGCCAGAAAAAAAAUUGACAAAAAGAUCCUAAUCUGCCAUUACCACUGAGUUUUGUGUUUCCAAAUUUUUUGGGCAAGCCAAAUGCAAUAAAAAACAAUUGUUCUUUUGCGAUGAUGUAUUUGGCUUGUCAAAAAAAUUUGGAAACGCCAAAACUCAGUGGUAAUGGCAGAUUAGGAUCUUUUCUGCCAUUACCACUGAGUUUUGAUGUUGCCAAAUUUUUUUGACAAGCCAAAUGCAUCAUCGCGCAAAAGAACAAUUUUUUUUAUUGCAUUUGGCUUGCCCAAAAAAUUUGGAAACACCAAAACUCAGUGGUAAUGGCAGAUUAGGAUCUUUUAUCAAAAUUUUUUCUGGCAGACCAAGAAUGGCUCCUUAGUGGGCUAUUCUUGGUCAAUUAGUAUACCUAUAUUUGCUGCAUAGGCACGCAACGCAGAGUGUAGCAAAUUAGAUAAUUUUGGUGCACAUUUGAACUAUAUACUUUAUCUAAUUUCGUAUUUUACUGACAUAUAAAUACAAAACUAAUAUGACCAUAAUUCACGAACCGAUUCUUUCAUAGGAAUAAGAAUUAAAUAUUUCAUUAUCUUUACUGUGAAAUGGUUCUCAUUAAAAAAAAAAAUUUUUUACGCAAAAAAUAUCAGCAACAUUUUGAUUAAUCUACUGUGCUAUGUUUAUGGAAAUUGCUUUAUUGUCUUUAUAAUGUUUCAGAAUGCGAGAAUUGGACAUAAUUAGUAUUUUUUUCUGUAUCAUUUUGCACUAAACUAAUAGAUACAGUAAUAUUUAUGAUUAAAACUUAUUUAAAAAAUUUAUAAUACCUAAAUAAUAUAUAUAAUAGCACUCAUUUAAUCUAAAUUAUCUCUUUUAAAUAUGUGCUAAAUUCAUUCACUGCUAUAUUCAAUAACUUAUUACGAGCUUUAUAUAAUAAAUAGCUCAUAUUUCGCGCUUCAAUUAUAAAAAUGGCCCAAAUAUACAGUAUAACUUAAAAAUAAAAAAAUUUAAAUGUGCAAUUUAAUUAUAGAAAACCUGAUUAAUUUUUCUAAAUAUUAUUCAGUUAUAAAAAUAGUAAAUUAAUUAAUGUUAUCAAGAAUUUUCUCACUAAUUCAAAUACUAAAUAUUAAUAAAUUCAUUAAGAGGGUCUAUGUACAGUAAAACACCAUAUACAGGGGUUUUGUAUCAGCUAUAUUUUUUGCGUAAAAAAAUUUUUUUUUUUUAAUGAGAACCAUUUCACAGUAAAGAUAAUGAAAUAUUUAAUUCUUAUUCCUAUGAAAGAAUCGGUUCGUGAAUUAUGGUCAUAUUAGUUUUGUAUUUAUAUGUCAGUAAAAUACGAAAUUAGGAUAAAGUAUAUAGUUCAAAUGUGCACCAAAAUUAUCUAAUUUGCUACACUCUGCGUUGCGUGCCUAUGCAGCAAAAUAUAGGUAUCUGAAUGCGCAUAGACAUAUGACUUUUACCGAUUUUUCUGUUAUAUGAUAAACAGUUCUCUCAUGAAGAAACGAAUUCAGUUCUUUAUUCUAACGUAGACAGUAAUUGUCUUAUCAAUUACAUAAGCGUUUCGUAUUGCUAUUAGAGAACCAUUCAUUAGUUUCCACAUACUGUGAGCCAGUAUUUGCAAUCAACUGACUUCCUGAAUUCGCUUUCAUGUUAAAAGCUAGGAUCUCUAUUUUUACGAUCUGAACAGAUUUUUAUCUUAAUUAAAGAAUGGUUUCUUUUGUUGCUGAGUUCUUGAAUUCUUUUUAUUAUAAAUAAAAAAACAAAUUUAACGCCAAAUUUGACUGUAAAUUUACUCAGUAGAUUGCGUGAUGCCAGGUGCCAAUUAAUUUUUUUUUCUGUGAUGAGUCUGAUUCGGAUAACAGUGAAAAAAUGAUCUUUUAUUGUACCUAAAUCCCUUAUCUCGUAAGGGCUAAAGGACCCCUUUUUACGUCUAGCUUUAAAACUCAAACGAUUAUGGCUAAAUUAAUGAAUGCUACUAGGGGUCUGAAUACCACAGGAAAAGCGAAAUUAACUAGAAUUAUUGCAGCUUUAAGCAAAGGAGAAGCCUAUGAAGCUCCUGCGAGAAGAGAAGAACCAAGAUGGGAGCAGCAGAAUAUUUCAGAACCCGUGCCUGCUCAGGCAAAAAGAGAAUCUUUAUUAAAAGGCCAAUCAAGAGAGAGACAUCAAGAUCCAGCCCCUAACCCAAACCGCUAUGAAGCUAAAAUCCAGUCCCAGAACCCUAGCCAACCUCCUCGUUUCGACUCUAGAGACCAAAACAGAGGCUACCAAACACGUCUUCCUGAAACUGAAAUGGGAAGAAUGAUUGCUGACUACAUAGAGAUGCUUUCUCCUUCUAACACUCUUGAAAUGAUCUGUUUCGGCUUGCAUAACUUAGAGACUGUUAUGGAUGAGGCUCUUGACAUCUCCCUUGAAAAUUCUGAUCUGUUUUUAAAGCUUUUCGGGCUGAUAGAAAUCCCAGUCCCUGCUAAUUAUGAAAAUUUGCAAUACCAAUUACUAAAAGGACUAAGCACCAGAAUAACCCGUGCAAGGGCAGAAGAUGCAGCUCAACAAAAUGGCCUUUCUCGACUCGUCAAAGCUUAUAACGAAGUCUCCUCAAAGCUUCAAAUCGCUGUCAUUGAUCUUCUUGAGCAGCUAUUAAAGCUUGGAAAAAGGACUCUUGAUAUACCAUCUUUAAUUGCAGUUUCCUUGUCACCAUAAAAUUAAAUGGUGACGUUUGACGGAAAUUGAAAUCCGAGGCGUGGCUCUACCCUAGGGAGCUGAUCACUUGGGCAGGCGGUUCAGAUCAGAAAUCCAAAAUGGCGACCUUUCAUCCCUCUUUAGUCUCAUGGGGCGAUGGGGUUGUUACUUGGAGCCAAGACUAGGCCAAAGCUAGUGGGCUUGCCCCCUUAUGGCAGUUUAAUCGUUUAAGUUGAAAUAAGUUGUCACCAUACCAAAGAAUCAAUGAAGUCGGAAUGAGAGCACUCGCAACACUUGCUGAUCCAGGAGAAUCUCAGGUCCCUGAUGCAAUUUUUGAAAAUCAUAUCAGGUUUUUCAUAGGUGCUUGCACUUCAGAUAAAGCUUCAAGCGACUACAGAAAUGCAGCUGCAGCAUGUCUAGCAGGCUUAUCAUUAAGAGAUUACCUUAAACCUCAAAUUGAGUACUGCGGAGGGAUCAAUACUUUAAUUUAUCUAUUAAGAGACAGCAAUAUUGAUGGACAAAGAAUGGCUGCCAAAGCACUUGUAAAUUUGACCUCCACAAAGAGAGACUUAAGGCUCAAAAUAAUCGCAGAGCUGUCAGACGAAAUAAAGAAAAUGUAUAGGAAUGAGCUUGAUAGCGUUGUCGCAGCUUAUUUGCAGACUUUAGUUCAAGGCAGAUAA